CAAGUAUGUUUCCAAAAAAGUUAUACCGAAACAAUUCAUCCAAUAAUAACUCAAAUCUUCCUGAUCCAAAGUUUCCACAAUUUUGGUUGGAUGAUUAUGGUUAUGGCAAAGAAAAAGUUCGAGUUAUGGCUUUGGUCAAAGAUGGAUCUUACCAUAAAAUAAAAGAGUUCCUUGUAACUUCUCAUAUGAAAUUGGCAACUCAUAAGGAAUACUUUGAUGCUGACAAUUCUGAUAUCAUUGGAAGCGAUGUCCAAGAAGUGAAUAUUCUUAUGCAUGCUAAGAAACACGGUCUAAGUACACCAGAAGAAUUUGGUCUGAGUCUGUCACAGCAUUUUCUAGACACGUAUCCAAUUGUUGAAGAAUCACAUGUUCGAGUCAAAGAAAAGCCUUGGGAAAGACUCAACGGAGAACAUAAUCAUGCAUUUGAAUUGUCAUCAACUGUCAAACGAUUUUGUGAUGUUGUACGGACAAGAAAUGAUUCUGAACCUCUUGUAAUGAGUGGAAUCGAAGGUCUUCGGAUAAUGAAAACAGCACAAGCUCCAUUCGUUGGAUAUGUCAAAGCCGGACUUCAUACCGAAGGCGAUCAACCAGAUCGAGUUUUGUGUUCAGAUAUUUUUGCAAAAUGGCAAUAUGGGACUUUAGACAAAGUAGACUUCACCAAAAAUUGGCAUCAAAUCAAAGAACUAAUUCUAAUAGCAUUUGCUGGAAAUUCAAAGACGGGUAUUACCACAACAAGUGUUCAGUAUAUUUCAUAUGAAAUAGAAAAACUUGUCCUGAGUAAAGUUCCACAAAUUUCAAGCAUGGCAGUUACUUUACCCAAUAUAAAAUUUCUUGAAUAUGAUUUCAAUCACUUCGGUGGAUGUCAAUCAAGUGUUGGAAAUCUAAGCAUUUAUCAACCAUCUGAAGAGCCAUAUGGAAUUGGAUUUGCAAAGUUGGAUAGAUUGUCGCUGUCGUCGUAUGGAAGAAAGAGCAAAAUUUAAAUAACCUGUCAAAAAUAUAUAUGUACCUUGUAAAAUAGAUCUUUGAAGAAAGUGAAACUACACAAAAUUCAAUUUUUAAAAAUAUUUGAAGAUGAUAUAAAAUUUCUAUUCAGAACUUAAAUACAAAUCAAAUUAAUUUGUAUCUGGUCUUCAUCUUUCGAAAGAUAAUUAUUCGAAUCAAAAAGAAGUAAUUUCAAGUUUAAAUACAAAUUUCACUUUCAAGUUGAAUAAACAAAUCAUUAACAAACUAACAUCUCGUUGGUGUCAUCUAUUCCUUAAAACCACAA